AUGAAGCACUCUAAAAGUGAGGAAGAGUUCUUAUCGUGGAAGGAAUUCACAUCGGAGACAUGUACCAAAAUAUAUAAACUAGCUGCUGAGCACUUUUCGCGUCGGUAUCUCUCCAAUAUGACCAGGACUGGGGAUCCUCGUUUUUGGGGGAAUGAAAUGGAAUCUAUUAUUUUACAAAAGCACCAUAAAAACACAUAUGCGCUUAGCACUAAUCACUGUCACGAUCAACUUGCAAGACUUUCAGAUAGAUUGACGCUCAUGCCUGAAUUUGCACGGUUUAUCCUUGAGUUCAUACCUGUUGCUCCAUUUGAUGAAGAGCUAAGAGGUCUUCGUCUUAGAUGUGAUGAAUAUACUAGACAUGUCACUGACUUGCUCGCUACAGCGGAGCUAGAAGAACUCACGAUUCUUUUAGGCACAUGCUAUCCAGUCUUUGGGAAAGACUUUUUAAUGGACAGGGACGCCUUUAGCUCACAGACUCCCGACCAGCUUGAGCUAUUGAAGACCAAAAUGCUCGAGUACGUCACUGAUACUGGUAGGUAUCGUACGCUAGUCUCCAAUAUGCUUUUGCGGAAGGGCAGUAUCUCGUGGGCUACCGUGUCUUCUAGUUGUGGAGACACGUACUAUCUCCCAGGGCCUCUGUUUGGUAUGGGCUUGUGUGGGAUGCAUGUCACGAUCCAGAGUGCAACCAUGGAAGACUCGCGCCUCCUUUACGAUGCACUUCAACCCUUGUGUCCGGUUCUCUUGGCUCUUAGCGCAUCUACUAGCGUAUUGGCUGGGGUUGUUCUAGAUAAGGAUACGCGGACAUCCUAUUUGUCUGAUGCCAUGGACGAUCGGCCACUACAUGAGCACUCUAUAGGACUACCAAGACGCUAUAGUGUGGCAGGAGUGUAUAUUGCAAAUCAUCCAGCAAAUAUCCCUCUUUUAAACGACGUAUCACCUGUUUCAUCAGGGCUCAGUAGUAGAUCUAGUGUCAUUCAGUCUAGUGGUAAUGAUUCCAAAAUACAUGCCUACGUUCAAUCUGUUAUUUCACAUUUUCCAUUAGUAGUUUUACGAGAUUCUCUUGUCUUCCACGAUGAAAGUUUUGACUCAGACUGUUGGGAUCAAAUACAUUCGCUUUUUUGGCCGACUUGUCGUUGGAAAGUUCCCCCAAUAGACUCUCUCAAAGGAAGUACGGGCUGGCGCACUGAAGUUCGUUGCAUGGAGAUGCAGUUCUCCAUAGCAGAGAACCUUGCAUACUCGGUCUUUGUGUUCCUGCUUUCAAGUGCCAUUAGAGACAUGGGUCUGCUAUUCUACAUUCCUCAGACUUUCAUCUUACAGGAUAUGUCUUCUGCAGAAAAGCGUGACGCUGUUAAUAAUGAGUUGUUCUGGGUAAGAGACGUCUUCCUCGACCUACACUUCGAAAGUGUAUCUGGUGCUGAUCUUCAACUCGGCUCCUCAGGUAUCUUUUCAGAGCAAUGCAGACAAAUGGCUGUAGAGAUAUUUUCUUCUCAAAUCAGAUUGGCACUGGAAAAUAGACGAGCGUUUGCAACUCUAAGCUCAGCAGACGAUGCUGGUACACAUAGGCACACGUGGUGUCCUAAAAGCGUGUGCACGUGUUUCGAGAAUAGCAUUUCUGAUUUUCAUCUGAUAAAGGUAAGUCUUAAAGAGUUUAUGUGCGGGUCCGCUCGAUAUCCUGGGCUUCUUCCUGUACUUGCUAUGUACACAGACGCAUAUUUUGAUACUAUCGCCGAUCCCACAUCCCUGGAUGACGUUGAAUAUAUUCACUCUGUCAUUUCAUAUCUUGCAGACCGUGCUGCUGGUGUUAUUCCAACCUGUGCUGCAGCAGUGCGAAAUCUUAUACAGAAUAUGCACACUCACAGAGACAAUAGCUUCGCUGAAGUGUGCUCUAGUAUGCUUUCAGAACCAGAGGUACAAAUAGUUACCGAGUACAUGCUUGGUGCUAGGCGACUAUCGCUAGAUGGUCUGCGAGAAUACUAUAGAGCCCACUCUGGUACUGUUAGUAUUAGCGUUAGCACCCCCGAAUGA